UCAUUCUCAGUUCACCAUAAUUUUUCGCCGUCUCGAACUUUCUCUUCUCCUCAAAGCUCGAAACCCUAACUUCAAUAUCAGCGCUAUUCACGAAUCUCUUCUUCUAAUUCGAUUUCGCAAGCAUAAACAGAUGACAGCUAAACCACUAACAAGUGAGGCUAUUGCUCUUACAGAGAAGAAAAUGGACAUGACUUUAGAUGAUAUCAUCAAGAUGUCCAGAACAAACACAACCAAGCCUAAGAAGCAAAGAGUUUCAAAUAGAAGCCAAAAAUUUUCUAAUAAUGUUGCUCAGGAUAAAUCUGCUAAGAUACAAAAGUUUAUGGACACAAGAUCAUCUAUGAGACAGGGGGCUCUUGCUCGUAGAAGAUCAAAUUUUCAGGGAGACCAGUUCCCUUUGGCAACUGAGGCAGCCAAAAAGGCCGCAGUUGCUCCUAUUCGCAAUAGGCCUUUCAAUCGAAGCCGAGCAGUGACUGUAAAUAAACAGAGGUUCGGGGCUCCUUCGGUUCAGAGGGGUGCUGCAAAUGGUGGCCGGUUUAUUAUUAAGCAACAAAGGCAGGAGGUCAAGCCAGUGUCAAAGCAGAGGCCUCAGACAUUAGAUUCUCUAUUUGCAAAUAUGAAGGAACAGAGGAUGAAGAUGCAAUCUCAGCAGAAUAACGCUCCAAGGAGAAAUGGAGGCGGGCAACAAAUAGUGCCAUGGGCUAGAGGUCGUUUUGGGAAGUGAUGACAGAUCAUGUUCUGCUGAUUCCAUGUGCUAUGGGCUAGAUGUCGUUUCGGGAAGUGAUAAACAGAUUACUGUGCAGCUAAUGCCAUGUGCUCUUUGCAGAUUAGUCCUUUAGGUCCGUGUUGUGAAUUUGAUAGCAGAGCUCUCUGCACCUGAUCAUUGUGGUUCUUUUUGUGUCCGUAGCAGCCUUAGGUGCUAUCUUUUCUUGGGGAAUGGCGAAAACUGUUUGGAACUUGUUGUGAUUUGACGCAGAUGCGCUUUAUAACUAUCCAUAUAAGAAAUUUGUAUAGCAUUUCUUGGUUUUAGUUCGAUCCUAAAGUUUCUAUGUUUGAUUCGUAACUUUUGUAGCUUUGUAUUGUUAGGUAGGAAGCAUAUAUUUGAUAACAGUUGUCCCGAACCAAGGACAAGGCAUUGCUA